AUGGGAUUUGAAAUACUGAUACGAACUACUCCCUUGAGAAAAAAAGGCAAAGUGUGGACGAUUGCAUCUGAACAUGCCAAGAGGAGGGCGUGGUGGAAAGGGAGGGGGGUAUGGUCCCAAGAAAAACUACAAAGGACAGAGGCGACAUUUCACAGAUGCAGAGGAGCUCAAACAGCAGCAGGAAAGGGAUAAAAAGCAGCAAGAUUGGAGGAGACAGCAAGGUAUAGACAGUGAUGAGGAGGAGGAGGAGGGGAAAGAAGCCACCCCCCAGAGCAGAGGUGCCCCGGGGGAUCUCCCUCCCUCAGAUUCAGACUCCGAAGAGGACAGUGAGGACGAGGAGAGAAAAGCAAAAGGGGUGGAACAUUUGAUAGACAUUCAAAAUCCAAACCGAGCUGGAGGAAGGCAGCUAAAGAAAGUCACAGAACUGGAUACAGGCGGAAAAACCCAGCUAACGAGACGUGAGAGAGAAGAAAUAGAAAAACAGCAAGCUAAAGCUCGCUAUCAGCAACUCCACAUGGAGGGGAAAACAGACGAGGCUAGGGCAGACCUAGCUCGCCUGGCAAUUAUACGGAAACAGAGGGAGGAGGCAGCUAAAAAGAGGGAAGAGGAGCGGAAAGCUGCAGAGGAGGCGAAAGGAAAUAAAAGCUGAUACAAAAUAACCCUAGUUAAUGAAGUGACAUCUGGAGCUUUCUGAAUCUUGAGUCUGCUCUUCAUUUGAUGAGAUGAGGAUAAACUGUUUUUCUGUCAAGGAACAUUACUCUGUUGUCAGAAAAUGAAAAAUUAUCCUCUAGUUUUUGAUAUUUUGAUAAAUAUAAUCAACACCAGUUUCUCUAUUUCUUAUCUGAAUAUUAAACAGCACAAGAUUUAACAAGAACCCAAGAACAAAAACAGGAAAAAGUUUUAUUUAAAAAAGUAAAUAUCAGAAAAUAUACCCUAUAUGUUAACUAUUUAGAUACAUGUAUUUUAGAGUUAUCAAAUUACAUAUUACCUUUCUUGUAAGUUUUUGUUUCUUUCACUGCCUUGGUGUGUUUCUAGGAAACACAAGAAUAUGAAUGCCCCUUUUCUUCAUAAUAAUGCAUGAUGAUUGAGCAAACGUAUGAUUUUAAUUACAAUGUAGAUCAUAUGGAUUAAAAAGGAAUGUUAUGUAAAUGUAAUAUUGAGAAUCUUAUUCAUAAGAUAAGAAAGAUUCAAAUGCUUUUUCUCAUUUAUAGAAUCCAAAAAUCAUGCAAUGAUAGGCAAAAUAUAAUAAUUUUCAUGGAUAAUGGGAAAUACAUAGUCAAAGCAAUGAAAGACAUCCCUAAACACAUAUAUUAUUUGACCUAUCAAAACUGUCCCACAAAAUAAAAUUUCAUGUUUGCAUUGCAAAGUUUUGGUUGUAGUUACUGUACAGUUUUUAGACUGUAGCUUCUAUAUAUAUUGAAGAUAAAUAUGUUGCCACAAGAGAAUUAUGUAAUUAUAUGUCUUCUUUAAAUUGAAAUUUUUGCCUGGUGCAGGUUGUAAUAUGUUCUGUAAUUCUUUUUUUCAUAGAUUCAUGAAAUGUCUUUUUCUGCCCAUCAAUCUAUUACUGUAAUUGGAUAAAUACAUUGUAUAUUGAUGUCAAUCAUGCUUUAUUCCAUUGCAUACACAAUAAAAUUCAAUGGACAAAAAA